UCAUCAUCAUCAUCAUCAAAACGACAGCUAUAAGCCAAUGCCAUUUCCGUAGUGAGGAUUGGAGUACUGACUAAGAUGGGGAGGUGAGGGCAUAAGCGCGUUAUCCUGCUGUCUCCCAUUAAUCAAAGUGCAAGAUCAUCGUUAGGCUUCUCUGAUGAACUACCUUCCCGAAAUCGACACCUUAAAGAAGGACAAGCGGAAGAAGAAGAAAUACCCACUCUGGAUCUAUCCCUCUUCCUUUACUGCAACAUACUAAAAACGCUGCAAAAGAAAAUAAGGAAUCGGUGUUGAAAAAUUUGAUCUUUCAUGGGGUUCAAUCAGCGUUUCUGGAUAUCUUGUCAACUUCUGCUUGUCUUGUUAAUGGGUCUCUCAGCAUUUGCAAUUCCUGAUAGUGCCUUCGCUUCUCAGGCACAUAUUGGUCGGAAUCUUCUUCAGGCUAAAAAAGGUUGUCCUGUGAAUUUCGAGUUCUUAAACUACACAAUAAUCACAAGCCAAUGCAAAGGUCCCCGAUACCCUCCCAAAAUCUGUUGCGCGGCAUUCAAAGAAUUUGCUUGCCCUUAUGCCGACGUGUUAAAUGACCUGACAAAUGAGUGUGCGACGACUAUGUUCAGCUACAUUAACAUUUACGGAAAAUACCCUCCUGGCCUUUUUGCUAGCGAGUGUCGUGAAGGAAAGGAAGGUCUUGCCUGCCCUGCAUUACCACCAUCAAUGUCUGCUAGUGACACAGCUAAUCAGAUUAUGCAUUAUCCAUCCAUGAUGCUGAUGCUCUCAACCGGUUUUUUGUUCUUGUUAUUCCUAUAAUUCAAGUGCCUAUUUUUUCACUAUCAUCUUGCACUGUAUUGUUAUUGUAUUAUCUUUGACAAUUCUUUGACACAUCAGGUUCUCUAUCAUAUUCCUUUAUUUGCACCAUCAAGAUUAUGCUGGAGCUAAAAAUGUGUAGGAUACCAUAGAUUAGUCUCUGCCUCAUUCCUGAUUUUACUGCUAAAUGUAGUGUAAGUCUCUAUUUUAUUUGAGUGAGUGUUUUGGUUCCAACGCUCUUGAGCUUGUAGACACUGCAAAGAGGAUUUAUUCUACAUUUUACAAUGGUUUCCCU